CCUCGCUCGUGAUGUAUUGUACGAGAAAAAUUUUGACAAUGACAUCGAUACGAUUAUUACAGAAAUGCUAGUAAAUAUAAAAGAGCAAUUUGUGAGUUUAAUAAAUGAAUCAACUUUAAUCAACAAAAAAAUUAAAAAGCAGGGACUAGAGCUACUUGAAAACAUAAAGAUUGUAAUUGGUUAUGAAGAAAAAUAUAAUAAUGAAAUUAUUAAAUAUUACGAAAAUUUAGAAAUUGACACAAAUAAUUAUCUUCAGACAUUAUUAAAUUUAGAAUUAUUCAGCCGAGAAUCAAAUACCAAUCUAGAUUUGGACAAAAUUAUCGCACGGGAUCAUCCUAUAGGAUUUAACUUGUAUACAAGUUCUUAUUAUGACAACCGAGAAGUGCUAUUCGUACCAAUGUGGAUGCUUCGAGAAUCAUCUUUCAGUGUUAAUUUUCCAAUGUAUGUAAACUAUGGUAUCUUUGGUAAAGAAAUUGCAGAAGGAAUAGCUAAAACUAUUGUUGAUAUAGGAGGAAAUUUAAUUGGAGGCAUUAAUUUGAAUGAAACAAAUUAUGAACAAACUCUCGAACUUAGCGUUCAUCAACGAAUAGAGAAUUGUAUUUCUAACGACGAAAAAAACGGGUUGAGCAACUGGUUCCCCCCUUCAAAACAAAUUAGGGAACACAUCGCUUAUAAAGCAACAUAUCGAGCCUAUCAACAAUGGGUAACAAAAUAUGGAAUUGAACCCUCACUACCUGAAUUACCCUUCUCAAAUAAUCAAAUGUUCUGGAUUAAAUUAAUUAGUGGUCCUUAUUGUUAUCCUCCAGAUCAGACAUUAAUAGUUAUUGAUAAUAAGUAUUCCAUUCGAAGCUUUGCUCAAAUGAGAGCUGUAUUAAGUGUUCCAGAAUUUCAUAAAGAUUUUAACUGUCCAGUUGAUAAUUCAUUUAUUAAUAAAUAUGGACCAUCAUGCACUUUCUUCGAAGCUUAAUCAUAAUUAGUAUACUUUUUAGUAGAUUUCAUAAAAAUCUAACUAUUGUAUUUGUCCUAAUGAUGGAAUUUUCGAAAAAUUUUGCUACCUCUAAACUCAGCUCGACGAGCUGAGUCAAAAAAUACAUUUGGUUCAAAAGUUUAUAUAUGUAUUUAUUAGACUGUGUCAAAAUAAGUUUUUAUUUGUUUUUUUCGAUUAAACGUAUCUUAAAAGUUUCUUCAAUAUAAAAAAAAAUUCUCCUAAAAUUUAAGCUCAAUAUCUCAAAAAUUGAGCUGGCGCAAAGGGGGGUCUCCUUUCCCAUUUAAAUAACAUUGUAAAAAUUUUUUUUUUUAAUUUUCAAAAUAACUACAAGAAGAAAAUUUUUUUUCCAAUUUUGCUUCCGACUUUCUUAUAGGAAAUUUAAUUCUCUACAAAAUUGUCUAUGUCCAUUUUUUUCCUAAACUGAACAGAAACGAAG